AUGGCCAACCGCGACCACGUUUCAAUCGAACAAAAGAUUCAAGAAAAAGCAUCUCACCAUGAAUAUUUGUCACCUCCGGGAUCAGCACCAGCACCAGCCCACCGAGGUAGCCUCCGCGCCGACAGUGUCACGCGAACAUCGUUCGACAGACGCCAUUCCGCCUCCAUCCCCCAAGACCGCCGCGGCAGCAUUCGCAAGAGCUUCGACAAUGCCAACCUCGCCAUGGUCUUUCCCGACUCCACUCACGUCGAAAUGACCGACGAUGACAUGGGCGGCAGUAACAUCGACGACAUCUCCCCCUCGUGGUUUGUCUGGCUCGUUGCGGCCACAGCGUCCAUUGCUGGAAGCUUGUUUGGAUACGACACAGGCAUCAUCUCCGCCGUGCUGGUCUAUCUCCACGACGACUUGAACAACCGUCCGGUUUCAGCCAAUGAAAAGGAACUCAUCACCUCUCUUUGCUCUGGGGGUGCCUUUGUCGGGGCUAUUAUCGCAGGCUUAACCGCUGACAAGUUCGGCCGCAAAAUUGCCAUCUACGUUGGCUGCACUCUCUUCACCGUGGGUGCCAUUCUGCAAGCAGCCGCGUACUCGAUCGCCCAGAUGUCUGUAGGCCGACUGGUCGUCGGUUUCGGCGUUGGCUCCGCCGCCAUGGUGGUUCCGCUGUAUAUUGCAGAGAUCGCGCCCACCAAAGUUCGUGGAAGGCUGAUCGGGCUGAACAACAUGUCCAUCACAGGCGGCCAGGUCAUCUCUUACGGUAUUGGUGCGGCGUUUGCACAUGUCCCACAUGGUUGGCGAUAUAUGGUUGGACUCGGUGCUGUGCCAGCCAUCCUGUUGGGCUGUUUGUUGCCCCUCUGCCCUGAAUCACCUCGCCAACUUGUGUACCACGGCAGAAUCGCCGAGGCUGAAGUAGUCCUCGCCAAGAUCUACAAAGGCGCCAGCGCGGAACAGGUGCGAGCCAAAUGCGCCCUGAUCGCCGCCGCGUGCGAAGAAGCAAAAGAACUCAACGAAGAUCAAUCGCGGUGGAGCAAGAUCAAGCAACUACACACCAACCCUGCCUAUUUCCGCGCACUGGUCUGCGCAUGCGGCCUGAUGGUGAUCUCGCAGAUGUCCGGAUUCAACACGCUCAUGUACUACUCGUCCACACUCUUCGCGCUGGUUGGAUUUUCCGACCCCGUUGCUGUGGGGUUGGUGGUAGCAGGCACCAACUUCAUCAUGACCUGGGUCAAUAUGAUGACGGUUGAUCCGAUCGGUCGACGCCGCGUACUCCUUCUCACGGCUUGGGGCAUGAGCGCAGGCCUGGUGGCGGUGGCGAUCGCAUUCCAUUUCAUUCCGGUCAACACCAAGACGCUGGCUCUCGAGACGAACAGCGUCAGUGCCCCGGCCAUCGUGGUGCUGGUCUUCAUCAUCUGGUUCGUCUUCUUCUACGGUGUUUCUGUGGGCAACACGGCGUGGAUGAGCACCGAUUUCUUCCCCAUGGAGGUCCGCGCCAUGGGCACCAUGUGGUUGACCUGCUCAUGCUGGGGUUCCAACAUCAUCGUCAGCUCGACCUUUUUAUCCAUGAUGAAGAGUAUGACUCCUAGUGGUGCCUUUGGCUUCUAUGCUGCCAUCUGUGGCAUCGGCUAUAUCUUGAUCGUGUUGUUCUAUCCCGAAGUUUCGGGCUUGACGCUCGAGGAGAUCAGCGAGGUUUUCCAGCAUGGCUUUGGCGUGCGCUAUGCCCGCCAGUUGAGGAAGGACAGGAAAGAGGAGAUCAAGGAGCGCAUGAGGAUCAAGGGGCGGACCGUGGUGGCCGGCCAUUAA